CCGGGAGCCGCGGGCGCCGACUGGGGAGCCGCGGGCGCCGGCUGGGAGCCCGCCGCGCGGGAGGAUGCGCCGCUGACGCCGAGAGUUCCCGGCUCCGAGCAGGAGGAUGCUCUCGAGGGGCCUCUGGCUGGGGCGGCUGCUGCCGAACCCCGGAGUCCCGGGCCGAGCUCGAACGAGGCCACCGACACCGACGCCCCAGGUUUUUUGUGUGAAGAUGCAUGARAAUCUGAACUCCUACCCACGGUGCCUUUAUAGCACAGCAGAGCCACCUGAUGAAAUUACAGUUCAUUAUAGACACGGUCUUCCUUUGAUAACACUGACUUUGCCAUCCAGAAGAGAGCGCUGUCAAUUUGUAGUCAGGCCGAUGUUGUCAACAGUUGGUUCAUUCCUUCAGGACAUACAAAAUGAAGACAAAGGUGUCAAAACUGCAGCUGUCUUCWCAGCAGAUGGCAAUGAGAUUCCAGCCUCAACUUUGAUGGAUGUUUUGCUAAUGAAAGAUUUUAAGCUAGUCAUUAACAAGAUAGAAUAUGAUGUACAGUGUCCUCAAAAAGAAAAAUCAAGCUAUGUGCACAUGACUGAGAUGGAAAGUGUGAAAUCCUUGGUUCACAGACUGUUCACAGUCCUACAUUUAGAAGACUCUCAGAAGAAAAGAGAACAACACUUGUUGGAGAAAAUUGACCACCUGAAGGAACAGCUGCAGCCCCUUGAGCAGGUGAAAGCUAGAAUUGAAGCUCGCUCUGAGRCCAAAACCAGAGGACUCCUUUGGGCUGGAUUAGCUCUGCUGUCAGUUCAGGGUGGGGCACUGGCCUGGUUCACCUGGUGGGUGUACUCCUGGGAUAUCAUGGAACCAGUCACAUACUUCCUCRCAUUUACAAAUUCCAUGAUCUACUUUGCAUACUUUAUACUAACUCGACAGAAUUAUACUUACACAUUGAUUAGCAGAAGGCAAUUGCUUCAGUUCUUCCAUAAGAAAUCAGAGCAACAGCAUUUUGAUGUGGAACAAUACAACAAGUUAAAAGACGACCUUGCUWCGGCUAAAGAAGCCCUGAAACGUGUGCGCCAUUCUCUCUACUUGAGGAUGCAAGUAGAAGAACUCAGUGAAAAGAAUUAAUCUCACAUUUUUAAACACCAUUGGAUUUUCCAUUUUGUAUUGAUUUUGUAAUUUCCAAACUGGAUGUUUUUGAGUCUCAUAGUUCAUUUUAAUUUUACUGUCUAAUCUUUUUAGUUAAUAAAUUCAUGUAAAACAGAAKUACUUGUAGAAGUUUUCACUUGACAUUCUUGGUGUGUAGAUGUUUGUGACUUGUUAUUGUAGACAGCCUGUCUGCCUCUUCCAAGCAGCAGCUGCUGCAGUCGGCUAAAAAUCCUCACUACCCUGACCUGUGUCCAUCCCUUUGUGGAGGCAAAGCAGUGUGUGUGCUUGGCAUCCACUUUCAAUCUCAGGCUUUGUUUGGAAUUGAUUUGUCAUUAACUCCUUUUUUUCACACUCAGUAAUUAGAAGACCUUUAUCAAAAAGGUAUGUUUUGUCUCUAACUGCAGUUGGUAUUUUCUGAACUGCAACUGAAAUACAAGCUAAGUAUUGCUUUUGAACUAGCAGCUCACAUGUCCCAGUUCUCAAAGCCCAAACAUUUAAUCUUCUUCAUCCCAACAAGUUACUAUCAGAACAGUAUUAUUCAAAUUUUAUAUAAGAACUAAGCUUUAAAAGUAAUAUGUUAUUCUGUUAAUGUGACAGUCAGUGAAUGAGUCUGAUGAUGGUCGAACAAUGUAACUGGAAGUGGAAGAUGCUGCCAAAUCAUGUUUUGCAGGUGUUUAUCCUACAGUGCCCAAGAAUUACUGUGAACUGUAUUCACCCUCAUAAGUUCAUAAACUAGUUCUUGAAGGUUUUUUUUUUAAAUGGGAGUUAAAUCAUAUUUAAAAAUGUGUUUAUU